UCUUGAACUUGGAUGUAAACAAAAAAAGAGCCAGGAUUGGAGAAGAUUUGUGUCUGUUAGUCACCGAGAUGGACGUUGGAGUGUCCAAAUCCCAUGUGUUUCUCAACUACAGCCCCAGAGCCUUCCUCUCUCAGUGGAGCAUCCCACUGGGUGCACGUCGGGUUAUGGACGCAGUGAAGGAGAGUCACAAGAGCCCCCUGAGCUCGGGCAAGAUGGUGGCCCUGGCUGCAGGGCUCUCUGUCGGGGCCACAGUGGGCUACAUGGUCUAUCGCCAUAUAAGCAGCACCAACAUCAGUCAUGGGCCCAAGCCUGAGGAGUCCAAGAUGACCGUUCCUGUAGAAGUGUACAGAAACAUAUCCAGACACCAAGCCAACUUUCUGGACGAGGUGAGCCAGAGGUCUGGAGCUCAGUUGCGGGUGUUGUCGGACCCCGGGGAGCAGGGCCACAGCCCCGUGAGCUUCCUGAUGCAGGGCUCCCAGGAGCAGGUCCUGCUGGCUCGCUGUGUGCUGGAGAACCUGCUCAGUGACUGUGAGCCGCUGAGCGAGGCUCUGGACGUUCCUCAGACAGCCUUCGGACGUAUAAUAGGCCGUGGUGGAGAGAGUUUAAAGCUGAUCACCAGGACCACAGGGGCCAAAGUGUCUUGUUCUAAAGAGAAGACGCUCGGCCCUGGGGCCAAAGGCAAGGUGACGAUUACAGGGAGCAGGCAGGAGGUGGAGCAGGCCAAGGAACUGAUUCUAGAAAAAGUCAGAGAGGACAUGAUGGUGAGGACGAAGAUCUCCCAGUCGUCUGCCCUGCGGCCGAAGCGCGGUCAUACUGCUGUGAGUCAGAGGCCAGACAGCACAGAGCCUGAAGCUCCAGUGGGACUAAAGAACAACAGCCCCUGCUCCCAGCCUGAGAGGAAUGGGCUCUUCCAUGCUAACGGCACCAAAGGAGAGCCACAAGACAAGGUUCAGGAGCUGAACAUCACAGACAACAAGGAGGAGGAGGAGGAGGAGGAGGAGGAGGAGGACAGUGUCUCCACAGAAUCCCUCUCUGAAGUCUCCAAGUUUGAGAUUCCCAGCCCAGACCUGAGCUUCCAGCCUGAUGAACACCUCGAGGUUUAUGUUUCUGCAUCAGAGAACCCCAACCACUUCUGGAUCCAGAUCCUGGGGGUGCGUUCCCUUCAGCUGGACAAACUGACGGAGGAGAUGACACGCUUCUAUAACAGCGGCAACCCCACAGAUCAGAGGGUGGAGACCUUUGUGGUCGGGGACAUUGUGGCUGCUCCCUACCACGACCACGGCACAUGGAACAGGGCCAGGGUGCUGGGAAUGCUGGGCUCUGGAAUGGUAGACCUCUACUAUGUUGACUUUGGGGACAACGGAGAGCUGCCCAGAGACAGCCUCUGCAGAGUGAGGAGUGACUUCCUCAGCUUAUCAUUCCAAGCUAUUGAAUGCAACUUAGCAGGAGUGAGACCAAAAGGAGAGGAGUGGUCGGAGGCAGCGCUGGAUGACUUUGAGCGGCUGACCUACUGCGCCGCCUGGAGCCCCCUGCAGGCCAAACUCUGCAGCUACUCACACUCUGACAUCUCCUCCUGGCCCAGCGUCAAGCUCUACGACAACUCUGAUGGCAAGACUUUAGAUAUUGGUGAGGAGCUCAUAUGGCGGGGCCAUGCUGUCAGCUUCCAGGAAGCAGUGAAUGGAAAUAUGGAGGGGAGCAAUCUGGGCUGUCUGCAGAGGAUGUUUGAUGAUGUGAUAGGAGCAUCCUCAGAGCUGAGUCUCUCCUGUAUCAGUUUAUCAGAAGCUGCUUCAAUCUCGGGAAGUGUUGAUGAUGUCAGAGAAGAGGAGCUGAUCUGAGACCAAAGACACAUUGAAUAUCAAGCACUGACCGUCCAAUCCUCAGCUUCAGUUCCAAUCAGGAGAUGUUUCCUUGUCAGACCCCAACCCAACCACGUGAAUCCUCAUUAUCAAGCCUUACCAACAGUUCUUUCAGCUAUGUUCACUUUAUUCUUGUUACUUCAGUACAAUGUGUGUGUUUUGCCUUGAUGUUGUUCUGUUGUAGCCAACGCUGCUUUGCUUAUAUGUGUUGUUGCUAUAUUUCUUUGUUCAAGAAAUGAAGAGAGGAACAGAAACAAAAUGCCAGUAUUAUUUUCAAAAAGCACUGUGAUAUGUCCAUGUACAAGAAGGCAGCUGGUUAGCUUAUAAUGUGCAGUUUUUGUUCUCUACUUGGUUGAAUAUGAAGAGGUAAUGGCCUAGAUAUUAGGCCUUACAAGUUAUUCUAUUUUGAAAAUGAUACCAUAUUGAAGGAUUGAAUGUGAGCCGCAGAUUGUGUUCAUUAUCACGCUAUGGCAUUUAUUGUAUCCUUAAUAUAGGACGGUGUUGGUUUUUCUUCAGAGGUGUGAUAAACUGAAAUAUAUAGAAUAAAGGAUUUAUUUUAUG